CCAAAAAAGCAAAGUGGGCUCGAGCUUUUUCGUUUAUUGCGGCAGGGCGUUAUCGCCUGUGUUUCUAAUUAAGUUUUUUUUUUUUUCUUUUGCAGCCGCUAUGAGCCCGCGUAUCGGCACUUAAGCGGAUCGCGAAGUGACUCGUGCGCUCUCGAAUUGUGAUCGUUUUGAACAGCGCGAGACGAUGUGACAAGCGUCGAAUGGCUUCGCCUCCUCCACGCCGAAAUGUCAGCAGUAGGCCGCACAAGCAACACCUGUCCCCACUUCAGGUUCUGCUGCAAAUGGGAUUUCCGAAGCACAGAGCCGAGAAGGCUCUUGCGGCGACUGGAGACAGGGGAGUGCAGUUAGCGGCCGAUUGGCUUUUAGCUCACGUCAACGACCCCACCUUGGACGACAGCACUCCUAGAGAAUAUAUUCUUUAUCUCUGCCCGGUGGGACCCCUUCUGGAGCAGCUGCAGAAGUUCUCUCUCCAGUCUAUGCUGCAGUGUGGACGCAAUGGUGCACACAACUACCUGCCACAUAUCACGCUGUGCUCUUUUUUUCAGGCCCCGGAUGAUGCUAUCGGGCAUCUCAGUCGAGCACUGCAGCAUGUCGUGGAAAAGCUGAAACCAGAACUUCCGGAGUCUAUUAAGCUCGAACAUUACACCUCACAAACGUUUCUCGGGCUUUUUGUGGCCGAAGAACACAACGAUGCAUUAAAAAAGCUUGCCAUUUAUUUUAUGAGAGAGGUUUCCGAAUUUAUUGUAUCCGAUAUCGGGGCACUGGAGGUGUUGGGCACUUGCUUCCCGUGGUGCUCGUCUUCUUAUUCUUCCCUUAGCAAGACUGCUUCGCGAAACAGGCGUAUCCAAGUGGAGCCCUAUCUGAAGGCCCUGCACAUCACACUUGCGUACCAGUUUCAAUUAGAGCAGUACGCCACAUUAGAGAAGCUUAGCCAGGCUAUCAACACCAACACUGCGGCAUGCUGGGAACUCAGGCUGUACUCCCGUGACACCAGAAUAAAAGGUUGCGAGGUCCACAAAGUGCUGUACUCGCAUGUGCCAAAGGAGCCCGAUGAGCUGGAGCUUCUCAUCGGCGACUUCGUGUACGUGAGCGGAGAGCACCUUGGUGCGGCCACCGAUGGCUGGGUGGAGGGCACCUCGUGGCUCACAGGAGCCACGGGAUUCUUGCCCAAGAACUACAUUGAGCGGACCGCCGAGUCGGAUGCCUGGACACUGCACAGAUCGAUAACAAUUGUGAAGGAUGUCUUUAUUGACGGUCUGGACGAUGCUGUACUACCAAGGAGGCCAGCAGUAGCUGCAGCACAGGCUCCAUCUAGCCCUCAAAUGUGUGCCAAAGCACCGGCAGUAGCCCAGGUGGCUCCAGCGUCACCGUCAGCUGCAUCGUCGGCUGUGCAACCACAACCUCCACAGGCUGCAGAGAGGGAGGAAAAGGUCACCACUCCACCAAAGGAGAUUAUCUACGAGAACCUAGGAUUUUUAAAUCAAGCAGCGAAGCAAGAAAAUGCCAAGGUCAGCACGAGUCCACGAAAGCUCUACGUUGCCCGACACGCAGAGCGUGUGGAUUUCACAUUUGGAGCCUGGCUACCAAUAUGCUUUGAUGCAGCUGGGAACUACACUCGGCGGGACCUGAACAUGCCAGCAGUGGUACCAGAGAGGAAAGGAGGCUACAUGGACUAUGCAAAGGACUCCCCUCUGACGAACAUUGGCCUGUAUCAGGCCACACUGACAGGGAAUGCUAUGUGUGAAAGUGGCGUCACAUUCAGUCAUGUAUUUUCAUCUCCAUCCCUGCGCUGCAUACAGACGUGUACGAAUAUCCUGACAGCGUUGCACUUUGACGACAUGCUCAUCAACGUGGAGCCCGGUUUGUUUGAGUGGCUCGCCUGGUACCCUGAAGGCACGCCAGCGUGGAUGACACCUGCCGAGCUGAAAGAGCACGGCUUCCACAUCAACCUCGACUACAAACCACUUAUUGAAACCGAGGAACUGAAGCACAAGAAAGAGUCCGUUGACCAGUACUACGUCCGGAGCUUUUAUGUUGCUCAAAACGUCUUGAAGAGGACGGCACCUGAAGGUGGGAACGUGCUGCUUGUUGGCCACGCGGCGACCCUGGAGACGUGCACUCGCCAGCUGACGGGCCGUAAGCCUCGGACGGCCACGGAGCUCGUACAGCUGGUGCACAAGAUUCCGUACUGCGGCCUUUGCGUGGCCCAGGAAGCUCCGAGCUGCGGACCCCAGACCGCCGCUGAGGGUACGGCCGGGGGCACCGGGUGGGCACUGGUGGCGCCACCUAUCCCUCCUCUAACCCACAGUGCCAAUACCCGUUUCGAUUGGCGCUGUAUGCUUUCGACAUGAUUGUACAAGGCUGACCGGUAUAGUAGUGUCAAAGGAAGAUGUCAGCCUCGUAGGCAGAUUCAUUCACCCGGUGUGCGGUGGGGGAGUGCCACUGACACAAAGCGUUCAGGGCCGGUUUGCAAACGGCAAGAUGCAGUGGCUGCACAUUUUGCCAUUUGAUGCCAUUUGUGAAUCGUCAUCACACCAGUUUACUAAUAUCUAAAUCACUGAAAGGGGCUGACGUUAACAAGUCAGUGUUUUUGACACAGCAGCGCACAUAAACCGAAGCUGGUAUUGAACCCCACUGGUCAGUCUGGAGUCACUACGUUCUUACGUUCAGAUUCAACAUAUCAGCAUCUGCCGGAAAAGGUACAAUUACCAUGGCAAAAAAAAAGCUAAUAUGUGGGAACACACAUGCAGCUUUGACAAUACCCUUCCCCUGUCUUUCUCGUCUUCAUAAUUACAUUGUGCUGCUAUAACAGAGUUAACGUAACAUAAUGCCAACAAUCUAGAGUCACACAUGCUGCCAUAGGAAAAUGGGAUAAUAAAAUGCAUCGCACUGUGUCCCAGCUGAUGUUUUUACAUGCACUCAGUCAACUGUGGGAAUUUCCCGAGGUUAUUGUCUUUAUGUUUGCCAAAUCACCAUUCUAGGUAAACGACCCAGUAUGAUCUUUUCUCUUAGGCUUUUUUUAGAUAUGAAAUGAUAUGUCACUAAAAUAGUGCACCCUAAGAUGCCAGCCAGGUAUUGCACAUUAAUGUACAAAUUUAUUUCAUGGUGACACUUCACCUGCAGGGUUAAAUAUGGACAAGGUAAUCCUCCGCUUAGCUAAAAACAAUGAGGUCUACCCUUGAAGCUCUUUUUAGUGCAUAGAAGAUUGUGCAAAAGAAAGCACCAUGGAGCUGCUGUCAGUGUUUUCUUCUUUCCACACUUCUACCGUUUGAAGCGUGGAGCUGAGGCAUUCAAAGCCACUAGUUGCCCCAGAUCUGAAAAGGAUUACAUGCUGUGGAAUACACGUAAAUUCUAGGUUAAUUUGGCCACAAACUGCUCAUUGUUUCUUAAUACCUUUGGCUGGCUGUCGGUAUCAUGAUCUCUGCUUACAGUUAGUAGGAGGUUCAGGUUUCAUCCUAAUAUCAGCGCCACAAAGACAGCCUUAAACACAGGAAAGCCAAAAGCGCCACUCAAUCUGAAGGAAAUAAGAAAACGGCACAUUUGCGCAAGUUCUCUUUUAGUUAGACAGUCAACAUGUGUAACUGCAUUACUAGGUUGUCGCCGACCAAAAUAUAGCGGGAGCCUUCUUUGUACGAGCCAGUGCAAGGACAGUUUACGCUGUUAAACAAUGCUUGUGGGCGCAAACUAAAACAUACAAAAGAGCGACAACACACACGUGAAGCGUCGGCUGCGAAGCGAUUUGAAGAGUAAGACGUAGGUGUUGCACUUGCACACAAGCAACACCAGAUGCAUUUGUUGUGACACCACCAGAUACCACUCAAUCUUCCUAUGACAAGUUGAUCUACGAGCAGUUGUAGAGAUUGAAGUGUUGCGUACACACGUUGUACUUUAUUUUUGAUGAAAGCAUUUAGUUUGGAGGUUUAGCGUGCUGCACCACGAAGCAAUACAAGAUGGGUUAGCUUCCCAGCUACAGCAGCUGCAUUUUGGUGGCGAAAAUGCAGAAACACCUGCAGACUUUAUUUUAGCGAACGUUGGGCAAGCCCAGUGUGAAGCAGUUAAUCUGGUGUCCCCCACUGCAGUGUGCUUCAUAAUCAUAUCAUACCUCUGGUACGUAGUAACUCUGGGACUCAAAUUGUGUAAACUUUUGCUCAGCCAUGGCUGCGUAAGGAACAUGCUGCAGACUGACCAGUGAAAUGCACAGCACCAACACUGCAGGUGCGCUUGGUCAUUUAAGGUUUAACACAAGCACAUUUUAAGGGCACGGAGUGGAAACAACCACUGCUGAGCAGGGCUCCGGGAACAGCUUGUGUAUGUCGAUGUUGUUGCGCCGAUUUUCAGCUGCCUCUGUCUGCUUGCAAGCGUCGACUAAUUUGGCAAUGGCUCUAACGCUCGGUGUCUACACAUGUGAUAAGUGUGUUAGGUGACUAUAUAGUUCGGUAGAACUUUAAAAGUCCGCAGCAUUUGUUCCUCAAAUGCGGAUGCACACAAGCCUGCACUUAUGAGCGCACACUCCAAACUGUUGUCAUGAGCUAGACAGAGAGCAUUGCCAAAUUUAAGAGAGGGACGAUUUGUUCAGUUGUGGAGACGAUCGACUGUCAUGCUUCGGUCAUUUGAAUGGGGCCACUUCGGACUUCUUCAGUUCUGUCCGACUAUAAUGGAACCUUAGUUUGCUCUUUGCUCCGAGUGCAAAGCUGCUUCAAAACACGAAGCUCUUUACAUACAUUUGUUUUCUGAAGGUUGCAUGCUUGUAACUGUGAGUUUUUGUACUUUUGCUGAAACAGCGUAGGGUACUGAAAUUCUUGUUUCUGUGUCACCUGCAUGGUCUUGUACACAUGCUCUCGUUAAAAAUUAUUUCUGUGGGUCUUUUAAGUAUGGUAAAUUUGGAGUUCUUGGCACUUAAUUUUUUUUUGCUUUGUAGAAAAGUCCUACACCUCGAUAUCCUAAAAAAAGGAGUUCAAAUGUUUACAAUUAUCUUUUCUACAAACUAGCUUUGGUUUUGUUUUCCAGAAAGCAUAUGUGCUUGCUGAUGCAGAAGUUACAUGAAAGUAUUUAGUAUAGACCUCCUCCUUGUAAGGCCUGUGACUUCACGAAAAGUGCAAAAACUUUGAAAUGAUGAUUCACUAAAUUUUGUGUUUAUAGCAUGGUCAAAAAGCUGGAACAUUGUCUCGUGUACACUGGCUGUGUUCGUAGCGUCUUCGGAUGUGUGACUGCAUACUAGACUGCCCCUGGGUACACAUUUGCAGGAGAACAAGUGCCAAUAGUGUUCUUGCAAUUGUAAAGAUAGGUACUGCUUAAGGGUAUCUUUUUAUAAACAGAUGUACAAUGAACUGCAGAAAUGAUGAGCCUUACUAACAAACCUAAGGUUUCCUGUGCUCAAAAGAUAAUCGCGCUGUUUUCCCGUAGAAAUGUAGGCAUCGCGUGGAGAUGAUGCUGCCGCAGUGAGGGUUUGUAACUAGAGCGAGAUUUUUUCCAGAGGUCUAUGCUCUCUUGUACAUUCAGAGUGAGAGUUGCGCGGCCAUACGAACAGUUCAGUGCCGCCCGCUGUGAUUGGGGAGUAGGUGACAUGGCUCCACAAAUUUUUCUUAGGCACGUGAGCUGUUGGUUAGAGCACCUGCACUUCAGUUGGUAUUUUCGUCGCCUGCUUGUCUGCAGCCGAUCCGCAGUUGUCUGCAGCCAAUCUGUAUCUGAAACUUGCUACAGAGGAUGUCUGUUUUUGUCACGCAUACAGCCAAAUGCUUGUGGUGGAUCGCACUGUGCAGUGGCACCAAGAGACAAGGAAACACCUUCAUUAAGUUUUGUUGACUACCGAAGUUCAGAUUUAAGCUCAACGGCUUUGUGGUGGAGGCCUGAAGGUCAUCGUAAAUGUUUCCUUUUUUUUUUAUUUCGAUAAAAAACCCUGUGAAAUUUGGGCAGUAGUUAUGGCUAUCUGCUACUGUGCACAUUGUCGUGAGGAUGUGGUGUCUCCGUAGUCAAAAGGGCAAAGUUGCAAAAAUGCUUCCUUCGGUGCAUGCACUUAUCAUCAAAUGUCAGAUAGUCCAUACUACUCUUAAGCUUUUAUGACACCUCUUGCUCAAGUCUUGCAAACCAGUUGAGUAAAAAAUGCCGAACGGGUGUUCCCUUUUUCAUGUACAUGCAUAGUCGUACUACUGCAGGCCAUGAAAUCUGUGUGCGCUACGCGUUCCGAGUCUGGUUGCACAGGGGGCCACUGCAGUGUUUUGAUGGCUAUUGUGGAUGCCAAAAGGUAGUCGCAUGGUCUGACAGCUAACCCGAUUAGGGUAGUUAGCGGCAGUGCAGAAAUGUGUGUCAGCCCAUGGUGACAAAAGCAACAAAUAAUGGUGUUCACAUAUUUCUACAUGUUAGGGCAACUAAGGCGCUUCUUUGUUUGGUCAGGCCCAAUUGCAAAUUUUUCUACCAGAAUUAUCUAGCCUCUUCGAUGCUGCUAGUGAGCAGCACAGGUUGAAUGCAGACCUACCAAAGUUAUUUUUUUAAGACACUGCACUUGGCCACGAGACUGUAGCUUUACCUAAUUUUUUCAGCUUCAUUUUUAGCUCAGAUAUGUGUUUCACAGAGAGUGAAUUUAUUGGAAAUGUAAUAAUGCAGGUAGGGAAUUAUGUAGUAAAGUCAGUGUUUAAUGUCAUUGAUAGAGAAGGAAAAAUUUCAUGGCAUUAGUGUUGCCACCGUGACGAAAUUGCAGCACUGGAAAAUUGGUUUUUAAUACUCCUAGCUGCACGGUCAGUUGUUUUGUCAUGUCGGAGUGUGCACAAAAUGAAAAACAGAAGAGAACGGAACGGACAACUGUGCUCAGCAGCUUCACAGUCUGUCUCUUUCUUUUGUGUGGUCUCUUUAAUGCCAAUUGAAGCACACUGAACCUAGCCUCAACAUCGGUUUGCCUUGAGCGCAGAGACGGUUUUGUGUGUGUGCGUGUGUGCACGCGCACGGGCGCACUUGCUGCUUCUCAGAGCAGCACACAGCAAUGUGCAGCUCUGAGAAGCUGCAUGAAACAAUUCAUAAAAACACGGUUUUACUUAAAAGUGCUUUUUUUUUUCAUUAUUAUUAUUAUUUUUAUGUCAGCUGCUGAAGUUUCAAGGUAAACAGUUGUAGUUUGCCAACAUGUGCGCUGCUGCUGCUGUUGUCAUAUAUGUGACUUAGCUAUAUAAUUAGCUUAGUAUGCUUUUUUUAUUUUCGUGCUAAGCAACACUAAGCUAGCUUAUUACAAAGAAGUUUGAAAAAAAAUUAACUCUUGAUUAUCAAAUAGAGUACCGGGCAUUUAAUUAUUAAGUGAUUCAAAACAUGCUUUAAUUCACCUUUAAUCACAGCGCCAACCCCGCAGCGUAGGGCUUGCUUGACUAGCUGGGGGGACAAUUUCUCGCGGUAACAUGCCAUUGAGUGCUUUAUGCACAAUAUGCAAGAAUAUAAUAAUAAUCACUGCUCCCACGCUUCGAUGCACUUUUUUUUUUGCUCAAGUGAAUAAAUUAACUGACACCAUAAGCCUACAUGUGCGCUAUGAUCCACUAAGCUAGGCUAAACUGACCCAGCAGGCACUUUCUUGGCUUGAAAUGGAGGCUGUUUUGCUUGAUUGUUAGCGCAACAGAACCUGCAGUCACAUUCACCAACUGAGGAGAAGAAAGUGUGAGAGAUCUUGUUCUGGCAAUGCCGCAAGUGAGAAUCCAGCUGUUAUCAUGCGUCAAGGUCAUCGGAGAAACUUCUGCAAAGUAUAAGUUCUUACACUUUGUUGCCGUAUCAAUUGUGGAUACAGGGCAACGGAAUUUCGCUUUGCUGUCUCUUUCAGCCGCCGCUCGACAUAGCCGUGCGUUGAGCUCAGAGGUGGAAGCAUCUGCGACAUAUUGAGGCUGUGUCGAAAAUGGGCUGUUCUAACCCCGAACAUUGUUUGCCUUCUGGCCGCACACCUUGCAGUUUUUUCUCCAGUGUACGAGUUUAUAUUAGAGCUGUCAAUGUAUGAGCAUUGUUUCGUUUGCAGUGCGCUUUUUGUGACAAAACUGUGCCAUCGGGGGAAAGUUUCCUUCGCUUCGUUUAGGGACCUCUCGCUAUUUAACAGGGGUUUGGUGUUGUAACCUUGUUGUUUUCUUCUAUGAGGAUGUACCUUUAUUGAUUAUUAUGAAUUGCUGUUGUCCCUUGUUUUCCCUUAAUGUAUUGCCCAUCGUUAAUUUAUUUUUCGUGUAAAUACACAUCUUGUGCUGUGUGUGCCGAAGACCUUGUGUACAGACUGUAGAGCUGUAAAAUGAAAAAUUGUUUUCGGGCAGCGGGCAACUUACAAAUCAUGUAUUUGAAAUUCUAUGUGUGCAACUCUAAAAAAGCAGGAGACCUUGCCAUUAAAUUAUUUCUUGUUAUCA